AUGGAGCGAGACAUUAAUAAGCCUAUCUUUGAGAAGGAGCCGCUCCUCGACAGCGACUAUGAGGAUGAUUCAACCAGUACAGUGAUGACCCCAAAGCGGUAUUUUCGUCGCUGGUGGCCCAUUGCCGGGCUACUGCAGCUCAUUCUAUUGUUGAUAUAUACUGGUCUCUCGAUAGCGAUCAUCAGAAUUAAUACAGACUUGGAAGGGGCGCCUGAUAUUCAUGCCUUCGCUGGUCUAGCUGUGCGCUACAAGUUUCGACUCUAUGACAAUUUCAUCAACAGCCCAUAUGGUGGGGAGCCCACUCCAGCUAGCGAUGAGGCCUGGCACCAGCUUCUCAACAAUAUGAGCAUUCGCGUGACGGCCGAAGAGCUUGCCGCUCAUGGUCAGUCGUCGGUAGAACUACCAAAUGGCGGGUACCUGGCUUGGUUAGGUGUUUUCCACGAAUUGCACUGCGUCAAGAUGCUGCGGCAGUGGAGCUGGCGUGAGCACUAUUUCCCAAAUUUGACGGCCCAUGAGCAUCAGCACCACAUGGUGCACAUUGAUCACUGCCUCGACUGGCUGCGAAACGCGGCCGUUUGCCGCGCGGACACCAGUGCGCUGGCUGUGUUCAAGUGGGCUGACAAGAUGCCGCACCCCAUGCUCAAUACACAUCGCGUGGAACACCGCUGUGUUGACUGGGACGCCCUGAUGAGCUCGCAUGAGGACCGGCUCGUGUCUCAUGACGAGGUUGCAAGUCUUAGGAACCCGAACAUGGCAGAUACUGUAGAUGCGUAA